UUGCUUCGCGCAGCACGUCGGGAAUUGUAGUCCGCUGUCUUUUGAAGCGCAGGGCUGGCGGGCUGUGGUGGCGGCAGGGACCGAUGUAAACAUUGCACGAUAUACGGCUGUGUCGUGAUUCCCGGUAUCCCGUGGGGAUGAUUCACGAGCUUCUCCUGGCCCUUAGCGGCUAUCCGGGCAGUAUAUUUACCUGGAACAAGAGGACGGGCCUGCAGGUAUCCCAAGAUCUGCCAUUUCUUCAUCCUGGUGAAACGAGUGUCCUGAACCGUCUCUGCAAGCUGGGGACAGACUAUAUCCGCUUCACAGAGUUUAUUGAGCAGUACACCGGCCAUGUCCAGCAGCAGCAGGAUCACCACCUUUCCCAGCCCGGGCAAGUUGGGCUGCAUGGAAUUUACUUGAGGGCUUUUUGCAGAGGAUUGGAAUCUAUUCUUCAGCCUUAUAGACAAUCUUUAUUAGACUUGGAGCAAGAGUUCUUGGCUGACCCACAUCUUUCAAUAUCGCACAUUAACUAUUCCCUUGACCAGUUUCAUCUCCUCUUUCCGUCAGUGAUGAUUGUGGUGGAACAGAUAAAGAGCCAGAAGAUUCAUGGCUGCCAACUUUUGGAAACUGUUUACAAGCAUAGCUGUGGGGGGCUUCCUCCAGUCCGCAGUGCACUAGAAAAGAUCCUAGCUGUGUGUCACGGGGUCAUGUACAAGCAGCUUUCAGCUUGGAUGCUUCAUGGACUUCUCUUGGAUCAGUAUGAGGAGUUUUUUGUCAGACAGGGACCAUCUUCUGGCAGUGCUUCUGCCCAAUCUGAAGAGGAAGAUGAUGACUUAGGAAUUGGGGGUCUCACCGGGAAACAACUACGAGAGUUGCAAGACUUGCGGCUCAUUGAAGAAGAGAACAUGCUGGCACCAUCCCUCAAGCAGUUUUCUCUGCGAGUUGAAAUGCUGCCGUCUUAUAUCCCUGUAAGAGUUGCCGAGAAGAUUUUGUUUGUUGGAGAAUCAGUCCAGAUGUUUGAAAAUCAAAAUGUAAAUAUGACAAGAACAGGUUCUAUAUUGAAAAACCAGGAAGAUAUAUUUGCUGCAGAAUUGCAUCGGUUGAAACAGCAGCCUCUCUUCAGUCUAGUAGAUUUUGAGUCUGUCCUUGACAGAAUCAGAAGCACUGUAGCUGAGCACUUGUGGAAACUCAUGGUGGAGGAGUCUAAUCUAAUAGGGCAGUUAAAGAUUAUAAAAGAUUUCUACCUACUAGGAAGAGGAGAAUUGUUUCAAGCCUUCAUAGAUAUAGCCCAACACAUGCUGAAAACACCACCCACUGCUGUCACAGAACAUGAUGUCAAUGUAGCUUUCCAGCUCUCGGCCCAUAAGGUCUUUCUUGAUGAUGACAACCUUCUUCCCCUGCUACAUUUAACAAUUGAUUACCAUGGAAAGGAGCAAAAGGACUUAUCUCAACCACGGGAAGGUCCAUCACGUGAUGCGUCCCCAAGGGAGGCUCCGACUUCUGGCUGGGCAGCACUUGGACUGUCCUAUAAGGUGCAGUGGCCCUUGCACAUUCUCUUCACUCCCGCUGUGUUAGAAAAGUACAAUGUUGUUUUCAAGUACUUAGUUAGUGUCAGACGUGUGCAGUCAGAACUUCAGCACUGUUGGGCUUUACAGAUGCAGAGAAAACACUUGGCAUCUAACAGCACAGAUGCCAUUAAGUGGCGACUGCGGAAUCACAUGGCAUUUCUUGUGGACAAUCUUCAGUAUUACUUACAGGUAGAUGUCCUGGAAUCCCAGUUUUCGCAGCUCUUAGAGCAGAUCAACUCUACACGAGAUUUUGAGAGUAUUUGCCUGGCUCACGACCACUUCCUCAGCAAUCUCCUGGCCCAGUCCUUCAUCUUAUUAAAGCCUGUUUUCCAUUGCCUAAAUGAAAUCUUAGAUUUGUGUCACAGUUUCUGCUCUCUAGUCGGCCAAAACCUUGGUCCUCUAGACGAACGUGGUAUUGGUCAGCUGGAUAUCUUAGUCAAAGGUUUUAGUUGCCAGUCAUCACUUCUCUUCAAAAUCCUCUCGAGUGUCCGCAACCAUCAGAUCAAUCCUGACCUGGCACAGCUGCUAUUGCGAUUAGAUUAUAAUAAAUACUAUACACAAGCCGGAGGCACAUUGGGCAGUUUUGGAUUAUGAACAUGACAAUUGUGGAUCAACUUGUGGUUAUUCUUCUACAAGCAUUCAGGGGAAAGCUGACUCAAACAAAUGUUGCUGUAAAUUCUUAUGUAUAAUAAAUUAUGUUGUUUCUA